UUGAAAAACAUCUUUGAAUGGCACACGCUGACCACUGAUCUAAACUCUGCUUGUUUUUAAGGUGAACCAGCUCAAUAUGACCCCACAUUCACCGGCCCCAUUCACAACAGAAGCUGUACGGACAUCAUAUGCUGCGUUCUGUUCAUGCUGAUCAUCGCCGGUUACAUGGUGGUAGGAGUUCUGGCCUGGCUGUACGGAGAUCCUCGACAUGUGUUGUAUCCCAGAAACUCCACGGGAAUGUUCUGCGGAGUCGGACAGAACAAUGACAAACCCAACCUCAUGUACUUUGACAUCAUCAAGUGUGCCACAGCGACAAACAUCAUGGCUGCAGCUCUGCAGGGUCUCCAGUGUCCCACCACACAGGUGUGUGUGAAGACGUGUCCGUCAGAGUUCUGGAAUUUGCCUCCUAGCGCCCACUUCCCAGGUGCAAAACCGGCUGAUUUUUUCAAUCAGGACUACUGUGUGCCGUCCUUCCAGCUGAAAGACACUAAAUAUUCAGCUAUGGACAUUGUAAAUAAAGAGUUGUGUCCUUUAUUCUACAUGCCGACAACCUCCGUGUUGGGACGGUGCUUGCCCAGUUUGGGAGGAAAUGCCUAUAAUCCCAGUAACCUUCCCUCAAACUUCACUCUUCCUGGAUUGGAUGUAAAUGGGACUUUGGCAGCGAUCAGGAAUGCAACAGGCGACGUCACCAACAGCUUCAACAUCAAAGACGUCGGCCUGCGGAUCUUCGAGGACUUCGCCAAGUCAUGGCAGUGGAUCGUAGCUGGUCUGGUGAUUGCGAUGGUGGUCAGCGUUCUCUUCCUGCUGCUGCUGCGUUUCACGGCGCCGGUUCUCGUCUGGGUUCUCAUCAUCGGUGUUCUGGCGGUCGGUGCCUUCGGAAUCUGGUACUGUUAUAAUGAGUACAUGUCUCUGGCGAGCUCUAGCCUGAACUUCAGUAACGUGGGUCUCACCACUAACGUGCAGGUCUAUCUGCAGGUGCGAGACACCUGGCUGGCCUUCUGUGAGUCACUGCACUUUGCCACUUUUGUGUUUCAAUGAAAUUCUAGAAUCUUA